GUGGGGCGCGGGAGAGGAGGAGCCUCGGGGCCGAGCCACCGCCUUCGCCGCGGACCUUCAGCUGCCGCGGUUGCUCCGAGCGGCGGGCCGCAGAGCCAACAAAAUGCCAGAAGAGAUGGACAAGCCACUGAUCAGCCUCCACCUGGUGGACAGCGACAGCAGCCUUGCCAAGGUCCCCGAUGAGGCCCCCAAAGUGGGCAUCCUGGGUAGCGGGGACUUUGCCCGCUCCCUGGCCACACGCCUGGUGGGCUCUGGCUUCAGAGUGGUGGUGGGGAGCCGCAACCCCAAACGCACAGCCGGGCUGUUCCCCUCAGCGGCCCAAGUGACUUUCCAGGAGGAGGCAGCGAGCUCCCCGGAGGUCAUCUUUGUGGCUGUGUUCCGGGAGCACUACUCUUCACUGUGCAGUCUCAGUGACCAGCUGGCGGGUAAGAUCCUGGUGGAUGUGAGCAACCCUACAGAGCAAGAGCACCUUCAGCAUCGUGAAUCCAAUGCUGAGUACCUGGCCUCCCUCUUCCCCACCUGCACAGUGGUCAAGGCCUUCAAUGUCAUCUCCGCCUGGACCCUGCAGGCUGGCCCGAGGGAUGGUAACAGGCAGGUGCCUAUCUGCAGUGACCAGCCAGAAGCCAAGCGUGCUGUCUCGGAGAUGGCGCUCGCCAUGGGCUUCAUGCCCGUGGACAUGGGAUCCCUGGCAUCAGCCCGGGAGGUGGAGGCCAUGCCCCUGCGCCUCCUCCCGGCCUGGAAGGUGCCCACCCUGCUGGCCCUGGGGCUCUUCAUCUGCUUCUAUGCCUACAACUUCGUCCGGGACGUUCUGCAGCCCUAUGUGCAGGAGAGCCAGAACAAGUUCUUCAAGCUCCCCGUGUCCGUGGUCAACACCACACUGCCGUGCGUGGCCUAUGUGCUGCUGUCACUAGUGUACUUGCCCGGCGUGCUGGCGGCUGCCCUGCAGCUGCGGCGUGGCACCAAGUACCAGCGCUUCCCCGACUGGCUGGACCACUGGCUGCAGCACCGCAAGCAGAUCGGGCUGCUCAGCUUCUUCUGCGCCGCCCUGCACGCCCUCUACAGCUUCUGCUUGCCACUGCGCCGCGCCCACCGCUACGACCUGGUCAACCUGGCAGUCAAGCAGGUCUUGGCCAACAAGAGCCACCUCUGGGUGGAGGAGGAGGUCUGGCGGAUGGAGAUCUACCUCUCCCUGGGAGUGCUGGCCCUCGGCACGCUGUCCCUGCUGGCCGUGACCUCACUGCCAUCCAUUGCAAACUCGCUCAACUGGAGGGAGUUCAGCUUCGUUCAGUCCUCGCUGGGCUUUGUGGCCCUGGUGCUGAGCACACUGCACACGCUCACCUAUGGCUGGACCCGCGCCUUCGAGGAGAGCCGCUACAAGUUCUACCUGCCUCCCACCUUCACGCUCACGCUGCUGGUGCCCUGCGUCGUCAUCCUGGCCAAAACCCUGUUUCUCCUGCCCUGCAUCAGCCGCAGACUCGCCAGGAUCCGGAGAGGCUGGGAGAGGGACGGUGCCAUCAGGUUCACGCUGCCCACAGACCACUCCCUGGCCGAGAAGACGAGCCACGUAUGAGCUUGAACGACUCCCAGGAAGGCCUACAGCAGACCCUUUAGAAAUCAGCCCAAGGGGGACGGCGAGAGAAAACACUCUAGGGAGUAAAGCUCUGUGGGCGUCAGAGUGGAGCCCUGCCUGGGCUGAAGGACUGUCUUCAUUAAGUCAGUCCUGAGGAAAAAUAUUGGGGACUCCAAAUGUCCUCUGGCAGAGGACCCAGAAAAUCACACCGGCUCCAACUUCCUCCUCAUGGAGCAUUACACUUCAAAACAGUGGGGAGCGACUUUUCCACCAAAGCUACAAACCUAAAAUGCUGCUGCCCCAAAGCACAAGAGGGAAGAGCACCGCCGGGGCCACAGGACAUCUGUCCUCCAGUCACAGACCAUCCUUGCUGCUUCCUCCUGACUCUAGCUUACUUCCCCUGUGAAGAAACAGGUGUUCUUGGCUGAGCCCCCAACCCUCUGCAGAACCAGGGUGUUCUGCUACUAAAAAAGCAUCUUUGAAGACAAAGAGGGUGAGGUCUUGAUGAGUCUCCUAGGCCCGAAGGCAUCUUCUGAUGGAAGGAAGAGAGUAGGCUGGUGAAGGCUGCCCAGAGAGAGUGUCACAGAUGAGGCUGCCCCUGCCCCCCAGGGAGGUUCAUGAGCUCAUGUCUAUGCAGCACAUGAGGGUUCUUCAGUGAAAAGAGGGAGAAAAGCCCACUGCAAGGAUAGCUCAUUAGGCACAUGAUUGAUGCAGGGAAGGCCAUGCCGGGGAAGCUCUUCCUGCAGGUAUUUUCCAUCUGCCGUGCCAAGGCUGAGCAGCAGAAACUUGUCUCAUAAAUUGGCACUGAUGGAGCAUCAGCUGUGGCCCACAGACAGCCUUGCUGAGAAGGAGGCAGGUAAAGCAGAUAUUUUAGCAUUGCCUUGGCAUAACAAGGACCUAUCGAUUCCCUACUAAUGAGAGGCAGGGAAAGCAUGGGCAAUGGAGACCCACCAAUGAUCCCCAACCCCAGUGGGUACUGGCUGCCUGCCCUGGGCCAGGGAAUGGCCCCUUAUACCAAAGAUGCUGGCACAGAGCAGAACCCAGUGCACGUCCUCCCCUUCCCACCCACCUCUGGCUGAAGGUGCUUAUCAAGAGGGAAGCAAUUCUAAGGUGGGUGGCAGGAGGGAACAGGUGCCACCUGCUGGACAAUCAGCACACGAAAGGCAGGCAGGCUGUGUACUGGGCCCUGACUGCAUCCACUGCUGUCUUCCCUACCUCACCAGGCUACUGGCAGCAGCAACCCAAGAGCACAUCAUCCCCACAGCCUGGUAAAUUCCAUGUGCCUCUGGGUACAAAAGUGCCUCAACGACAUGCUCUGGAAAUCCCAAAUACCACAGUCUGAGGUUGAUAUCUAAAAUCUAUGCCUUCAAAAGAGUCUGUGUAUUUUUUUUUAACCUGGUAGAUGGUCUAAAAAGUAGUGCAAAUAAACACCUAACCUUCUGCAAA